AUGCCAACAAAUCUUAUACUUGUGAGUCUUUUAUACACCCUUACAUAUUCAUUUGAGUGUUCUUCUGGAUGUAAAGGCGAUUGUAUAUCCAAUUAUACAUGUAACACUACUUGUGACGUGGGAUAUGACCAAGAGUCAUCUUGUCUUUAUUGUUCUGAUGAUCAUUUACAAGGAAAAGACUAUGUGUAUAUUAAGAAUAAAGACACUUGUUUAUUUAGAGAAAAUUUGGUUAAAAAGACUGGGUGGGUACCUGAUGAUGUGCAACAAAUAGAAAAGAACAUCAUAUACUCAUUUUCUUUUGAUGAUUCCACUCCAGUGGAUUAUGGGCCUUGUUUUCAUACGGACAAAUACAGAGUCUCCAAGUGGUUUAAAGUCGAUAUGAAUACGUUCCGCUCGGAAUACAUUCAAUUCAAUUUGAGUAAGAAUAUCAUAUCAGAUACUAAAGUGUCGAUUGAUGUGUCCAACUCACAACGAGAUGAUCCAUAUGGCACUUGCUUUGGAAGAGUGUCACUCAUCGGGACAGAUUUAUACAACAAAAUGAAGUUGCCUAUUCUGUUUCCCCAUGUCUCUUCAGAAAGGUUCUUUUACGUCUUUAUUUCUAUAGAAGGCUAUGAAAGAAUCGACUUCAAGUUUCUAGUCAUAGAAGACAGGGGGUACAAGUUUAUAGUCUUUAAAGAGUUCAACCAAGAGACCACAGACGCUUUAAAAAGUGACUUAUCUUCAAAAGUUACAGUCCGUUUUCCGUUUGAAGAAUAUGGCCUUUUCGAGUACCCAACGUGCAUUCAAAAUGUCUUAAUGUCGAACAUGAUCUUUGCUGUAAAUUUCAAAGGAAACUACUCUUUAAUGGUGGACUCUACAAGAGUCAACAAAGUGUUAUAUCUUCAAGAGUUCAGGUUCAAAGAAGAUUUGAAUGGCGAUGUUGUGAGUAAUAUGGAAUGUGUACAAUUCUGGAACGGACAGAAAUAUGGAGUAGCUAAGAAGAUGGGGAAUACAUAUGGGAUCAAAGUGAGAAUAGAGAGUAACCCGACCAAUGAAACUCGAUACUUCUCCGUCAUGACACAAGAAUUCAAUUCAAAUGUCGACGUCGACUUUAAAGUGAUCUGUCCAAGUAAUUGUAAUUAUGAAUUGGGUCAUGGGCAAUGCCAAACUACCUUUGGAGGGUGUCAGUGUGAAGAAUCUUAUGGAGGGGAUGAUUGUCAUUUGAAGUGUUAUCACAAUGGAAAAUGGCAAGUCGACGAACAUUCAAAUUUGUGUCAAUUUGGAAGCCGAAGUUGUGAUCAGUAUUGUCACUGUGCACCGGGAUAUUCACUUUCAAAUGAACUUUGUAUAUCAACACAAUGUAUCAGUGGGAGUAUCGGCCCCAAUGAAGAGUGUAUAAGAGGAAGCCUUGGGUGUACUGACAAUUGUUUCUGUCAAAAUGGGUUUAAAUCCUUAGAAGGUCGAUGUAUCAGUACCACGUGUGGUAAUGGGGAGAUAGACACAUACACAUUUAAUGGUCAACACAUUGAAGAAGAGUGUGACAAUGGGACCAAUUGUGAUAUCACCUGUCACUGUGUGACGGGGUUUUAUACUCUCAGUGACAACCCGACUUCGUGUGGCAAAAAGACUUUAGCGACGUAUGUAAUAGUUUUAAUAACAUUAGCAUGUGUGGUAGCCUUUUUAGUGUUUAUCGGUAUAUUAAUUGUUAUUGGGAUGGUAAUCUUGAGAUACAAAGAAGUCGAUAUUGAAGUCUUUAGAACACAACAACCGGAGUAUUACCAUUACAUCACUGGAAGUACUUUAAAAGCACCAGCGAAAGACGGAGAGUAUUACAUCUCCCCCCUUUCAUUGGACUUUGGAAAUGAACAUGAAAUGACGGAAGUGCUUGACACGCGAUUUGAGCGAUUUGUUGUCAAGAACAACUCGAAGAAAAAGCACAUGCUGGUGAUCUUCCACACUCCAAAUAACCCAAAAUUUGUAUUCCACUUUGAACCUCAAGUAGUUGUUGUCAAUCCAAGAACAGAACGGUCUUGUGUGUGUUACAUGACUAUCUACUGCACUACACGGAUUCGUGAUAUGAAGCUGCCAUACACUAUAUGGUUCUCCGAAUCUGUCAGGACUCUUAGUGCCAUCGCGGAGUUACUUAGAGAUAAGACAUUUGAUACAUGGGAUGCGCAUGAUAAAGAAGUGAUGUCCCAACUGUAUCCCAAAGUCUUGAAACAUUUCCAUUACCAAAUGUCCGUCACAACAGACGCUGCAAGCUCGACACACAUCGACUUGGACGAGUUGAAUAUGUCCGAGAGGCCAAUAGCUGAAGGUGCGAUGGGGAAAGUGUACUUUGGGAAUUAUCGGAGUGUCCCCGUUGCUAUCAAGCAAUUCCGGUGGGAGAAUUUAGACGAGGAAGAGAUGAAUGAAUUAAAGAAGAGUGUAGUAGCUGAAUGUGAGAUUAUGAGUAAAUUGAGGAAUCCGUUUAUAGCGAAUUACAUGGGGUCGGUGACAUACAUUCCACAAGUGUCGAUGGUCAUUCAAUUCUUUGUUUUAGGCUCAUUAGGAGAGUAUUUGCGUGAGGACAAAGAGGACUAUUUGCGAAUGUCAUACAAACUGAAGUUAAAAAUCCUCUUUGAUACAGCACGAGGAAUGCAGUUCUUGCACGAGAAUAGAAUUAUGCACUUGGACUUGAAGCCAGACAAUUUAUUAGUCAAUUCAUUGGACCCUAACAGUGCUUGCUCUGUCAAAAUCACGGACUUCGGGACGUCAAGAUUCACUAAGAAGACGAUGGGGAUGAAUGUCGAUAAAGGACUUGGAACACCUAUCUAUGCCGCACCCGAAGCUUUCAAGGACGAAUAUACUUUUGGUGGGGAUGUCUACUCUUUUGGUAUCACAGCUUGGGAAAUCUUCUAUCAGGAAGAACCUUAUAAAGACUUCAAAUCACUUUUUGAUAUUAAAAUUCACGUGGAGAGCGGGAAGAGACUCAAUAUCAACGAUAAGAUGCCUAUUCUGUAUAAAAACAUGGUCGAAGGGUGUUGGAAACAAGACACAAGUGCAAGACUCAAUUUUGAAGCCGUUAUAAAAGCACUCGUGAAGAUCGAUGAGGAGUGCACAAAUCACCAACUCACAUCUUCAACAGAAGAGGACGAGGAAGUCAUUAAGAAGACUAUCGCAAGAAGAAAUGAAAAGAUGGAGGCACUUCUCAAAGACAUCUGUGUCGAUUAA